AACCGUGAGAGCGUCUAUUUGCUUAUGUCAAUUUGAAUUCGUAAACUAUAACGGUUAGAAGAAACUAAACAAGGGUAUUUUAGGCAUAAUAGUCUAAACCCCAAUGCUCUAUAAGAUUAAAACAGGGUAUUUUCGUAUUUACAAAUCCAAUCGUUAAACGAUAAUACUGUAUAAAAGAAGAUCUUCUUUCUUACUCUCCAUCCCUAAUUCACGGCUCCUUUGCAAAUUGAAUCGUUCUUCGAACGGUCUUCUCUUUUGAAUUCUCUGAUUUUUAACGUUCCGAUUUUCUUAAACGAAAUUCGAAAUUCUCUCGACAUCUCCUCUUUCUCCGGCGGCAAAAAUCGAUCAUGGCGGUGGCAUCUAACGGACGAGAUCGCAAUUGGAGAAUUUGUUUAUCACCAUUCACCGAACAAAAGUUUUACGAUUCAAUCCGAGAUCGUUGCUUCAAACGUAUCACUGAGAAUAUUCCGAUUACGCAAACAAUCCGUAUUUCAUCACUGGAGUUGCAUCUCAAAAUCUAUUGCAGUGUUGUCGUCUGAUUCUGAAAGAACUCAAUUCUUUGGCUCAGUUUUGGUAUUUCACAACUUGUAUUCACUGACAUUACUUCCGGGUAUUUCUAUUUGGAUCAGUAUUUCAUCACUGGGUAUAAACAUUGUAGAGAAACUAAAAAGACUUGUUAAAUCUCUUUGAAAGAGAAGGAAGAGAUCCUUAAGCUUUAAAGAACAAAAGUUCUGGAGAGACCAUUCACUAGACAAUAUGAAUAAGGUGUGCUUUUCUUGUUCUAUUUCUCUUUUUUUUCCCAAAAAUGAGACAGACCAGUCCUCUGGCCUGCAUUGUUCUUCAUAUAUUUUACAUGCUUAGCGGGUUAAGCUCAUCAACUCUUAUUAGAUAUGGUAGUAAAAGCACAAAACACAACACACUCACACGUAGUUCAAACACACAAACACAUAUCUAAACGCAAAUUCAAACACACAAAACAUAAGACAAACCACGCUCAAACUUAAUUCAAACACACAUCUAAACGCAAAUUCAAACACACAAACCACAAGACAAACCACGCUCAAACGUAAUUCAAACACACAAACACACAUCUAAACGCAAAUUCAAACACACAGCUAAACGCAAAUUCAAACACACAACACAAGACAAACAAUACACGCUCAAACGUAAUUCCAACACACGUUCUAAACGCAAAUUUAAACACAUUCCAUCACAACAACAUUCUCGCAAAAAGGGUCACUGUAUCAUCACUUAUAUAUUCAAUGCCAAAGAAUUUGCUUUGAGCUCGUUGUUUUCUCUUAAUUUUGAAGCAUCUAUGUUUUAUCUGAUUGUUUCUCAAUAAUCAGCCAUUUUAUUUACUCUUGAAUUUGAAUUCACUAUGUAACAAUGACUAUUUCAACCUUUUUUUUGUUUAUCAUGCGCAACUGCUGGCAAAGCAAAAUUCUAGCAGACUACAGAUUCUGCAAGGUAUGUGGUUUAUGUACUAGUUUCUCUGGAUUAAAGGCUAUUGAUCUCUAGAAAAAUUGGUAUCUCGUUUCUGAUUUAUACAAGUUGCUAGUUGUCUGUCUGUUUUCUCUAGUGCAUGUGUUUGGAUUUUGGCCUUGAUUCAGUUAAUUGGCUCAGGUUUGUUUUCAGUGUCACCCUGAGCUUUAAUAUUACUAUAUGAUUGCACAGUAUGUUUUUUUUUUUUUUUUCUGAUUUGCAUCUACAGAGUCUUGAUCGAAUAUCCUGAAGUUGGAGGGCAUGCGUUAACACCUCAUCAAAAUGACAAAUACGAGUAAGAAACCAAUUUUGCUAGCAACCGUACUUACGGAUUAUUUUUUUGUUUUUUUACCCUUUUCUUUUAAUGGUAUUUUGAGUUUUCUUUGGUUUCAGAAGAAAAGAUAUUGAAGCUGCAAAGAACAAAAAGCUAUGGAGAAGUUUAAGGCUAAAAGUCUUUAUAUAAAAUGAGACAGAAAACUCAGUUUGCAUUCACUGACUUCUGGUAUUUCACAACUUUCAAAGGUCUUUUUGCUCAUGAUUCUAGUAGGAAAAUCUUAGUGGGUUAUGUUUCAAUAAUCUUAUCUAUAAUAAGUGUUCAAUUUGUAUUGUAGAGAAACUGAAAAGAGUUGAUUUUCUUUGAAAGAUUCAGUUAAUUGGCUCAAGUUUGUUUUCAAUGUCGCCAUGAGCUUUAAUAUCACGAUAUGGUUGCAUGCGUGUUACCUCAUCAAAAUUACAUAUACGAAAUAAAAGAUAAGCUGCAAAUAACAAAAAGCUAUGGAGACCAUCCAGACAUUAGCUAUGAAGAAGGCUAAGGAACAUUUUGCUUUAUAAACGUCUUCAAAAAAUGAGACAGCAAACAUUUGCUCAGUAAUUCACAUUAAGGUGGAGACCGAGAGAGUCCAAGUUAAAAGUAUGACCUAACAACCCAAUUAUGCUUAGGAAGACACUUUUCAUACCAGAAGGUAACCAUUUUUAAGCCGCAAAGAAUCUGAAGAUUCUCAAGAGCAAGUGACGAGUAAGGUUAUGCUAUUAUCUCUUUUCCUUUUCACAAAACAAAUACAUUAAAAUACAGCAAAAACACUAAACACUCAACACACAAAAACAAAAACAACACGAAAACAUACACGAUCACCAAAACAAAACAAAAAAAAAAACAAAAACUUCACGAAAGCAUGCACGAGUUCACCAAACCAAAACAAAAAAAAAAACUUCACGAAAACAUAAGCUUUGUGACAAAAAAACUUUCACGAAAACAUACCCGAUCACCAAAAAAUACACGCUCAAACGUAAUUCCAACACACGUUCUAAAUGCAAAUUCAAACACAUUCCAUCACAACAACAUUCUCGCAAAAGGGUCACUGUACCAUCAUCUACAUAUAUAAUGCUAAAGAAUUUUCUUUGAGCUCUUUGUUUUCUCUUUAUUUUGAAGCAUCUAUGUUUUAUCUGAUUGUUUCUCAAUAAUCAGCCAUUUUUUUUACUCUUGAAUUUGAAUUCAGUAUGUAAUAAUGACUGUUUCAACCUUUUUUUGUUCAUCAUGCGCAACUGUUGGCAAAGCAAAAUUCUAGCAGACUACAGAUUCUACAAGGUAUGUGGUUUAUGUACUAGUUUCUCUGGAUUAAAGGUUAUUGAUCUCUAGAAAAAUUGUUAUCUCGUUUCUGAUUUAUACAAGUUGCUAGUUGUCUGUCUGUUUUCUCUAGUGCAUGUGUUUGGAUUUUGGCCUUGAUUCAGUUAAUUGGCUCAGGUUUGUUUUCCGUGUCACCCUGAGCUUUAAUAUUACUAUAUGAUUGCAUAGUAUGUUUUUUUUUUUUUUUUUUUUCUGAUUCGCAUCUACAGAGUCUUGAUCGCAAAUAUUGAAGCUGGAAGGCAUGCGUUAACACCUCUUCAAAAUUACAAAUUAAUACGAAAGAAAAGAUAUUUAAGUUGCAAAGAACAAAAAGCUAUGGAGAAGUUUAAGAUGCAAAUGGCAUGCUAAAAGUCUUUAUCGAAAGUAAGACGGAAAACUCAGUUUUGCGUGACUUCUGGAGGGCAUAAGCAUUGUAGAGAAACUGAAAAGAGUUGAUUUUUUUUUUAAUCUAAAAAGAGUUGAGAGUUGAUUUUCUUUGAAAGGUAGGACAUAUUUGUUCAACUUUUUUUUGUUCAUCAUGCACAACUGCUGUCUGCUGGCAAAGCAAAAUUCAAACAGACUGCAGAUUCUACAAGAUAUGUGGUUUAUAUACUAGUUUCUCUGGAUUAAAGGUUAUUGAUUAGAAAAAAGUUUUCGUGUUUCGGAUUAACAGGCAUUUGUUUUCCUUUUGGCAGAUUCAGUUAAUUGGCUCAGGUUUGUUUUCAAUGUCGCCAUGAGCUUUGAUAUCACUAUAUGGUUGCAUGCGUGUUACCUCAUCAAAAUUACAUAUACGAAAUAAAAGAUAAAGCUGCAAAGAACAAAAAGCUAUGGAGACCAUCCAGUCAUUAGCUAUGAAGAAGGUUAAGGUAAAAUAUUUUUCUGAUUCAUAGUGUUUAUAAUUAUUGUCCAUAAGACAUAUUAUUCUCUGUUUUUUUUUUCUUUUGAAUCUCUGUUUCGGGCUAACUUAAAGAUGCAAAUGACAUGAACAUUUUGCUUUAUAAACGUCUUCAAUAAAUGAGACAGCAAACAUUUGCUCAGUAAUUCACAUUAAGGUGGAGACCGAGAGAGUCCAAGUUAAAAGUAUGAGCUAACAACCCAAUUAUGCUUAGGAAGACACUUUUCAUACCAGAAGGUAUCCAUUUUCAAGCCGCAAAGAAUCUGAAGAUUCUCAAGAGCAAGUGACGAGUAAGGCAGUCGGAACUCGAGAUCGGUUCAGAAGUCUACCUUCUCUCCAAACGAAUCCCUUCUCAAGAACAAGAAGUUACACUAGAUGUUUCUCAUAUGAUGACAUUGGAGGAUGAGCUCAGUGAGGAAGAGGAUCAGAAAGAUUCAAGUAGAGAGGCUUUUGAUGCGUGUCUUGAGAAUCAUAAACUUUCUAGGGAGCAAAGAGAGCAUAUUCGGGCGAUAAAUGUGAAGAGAAAGAGAGACUUUGUUUACUUUGAGAAAGUUAACGGAGAGAUUGUUAACAUACUAGAUGGACUCGAAUUGCAUACCGAAGUUUUUAAUGCAGCGGAACAGAACAUGAUAGUUGAUAAAGUGUGUGAAUUGCAAGAGAAGGGACAAAAAGGAGAACUAAAGCGUGCUUUUACUGCUCGAGGCAAAGGACGUUCAACAAUUCAAUUCGGCUGUUGUUUCAACUACCGUACAAGCAAAGCUGGAAACCCGGCGGGGAUUCUUAAACAUGAAACUGUUGAUCCAUUGCCUCAUCUUUUCAAGGUGAUCAUUAGAAGGUUGGUUAAAUGGCAUGUUCUACCUCCAACUUGUGUUCCUGAUUGUUGUGUAGUCAACAUUUAUGAUGAAGGUGAUUGCAUACCUCCUCAUAUAGACAAUCACGACUUCCUCCGCCCGUUCUGUACCGUUUCUUUCCUUAGUGAAUGCAAUAUUCUCUUCGGAUCAAACCUUAAAGUUAAAGAAACCGGUGAAUAUACGGGUGGUUCAUACUCGUUACCGCUUCCUGUUGGAUCAGUGCUUGUGUUAAACGGGAACGGAGCUGAUGUAGCUAAGCAUUGUGUACCUGAAGUUCCCACGAAAAGAAUAUCAAUCACAUUUAGAAAAAUGGAUGAGUCAAAAUGGCCAGUCUGGUUCACACCAGAGCCUUAUUUGCAAGGGAUACAGCCAUUGCCGUACGAGCUGAAAUCUCCUGGUUCCUCUGAUCAUGUGUGGUCUAGUGAAUAAAAAUAUUGAUACAUGACCAGCUUUUGAAUCUUUUAAUUACGAUUCCAUUAAAAAAAAUACUUUAAAUGACAUAAAUACUAUCUCUUCCGCAAAUUUCGGCAAUUCGUAUGAAUUUUUACCUUUUAACUCUACGAUUAUAAAAAUAACUAGAUUUAUU